ACAGAGUCAUGGAUGCUGCCGCCGCCGCAGCCUCAGCAUCCUCUCCGCCUCUCCUCUCUUUCUGAGAGCAUCAACCCAAACAAAAUAGAGGGUGGACAAAAAGAGAAACAAGUGGCCUGUUCGGGGCGGACCACAACAAUGAGUGAGUCCUGCCUAAAAUUGAAUGGAUUAGCCAAUCUAUUCUGAGCUCUAAUGAGAUUAGAGGGGCAGCGCGCAGACAUGCAGGGUGGCGGCGGCGUGGUACCGAUUCUUCGGCUCCCGGGGGACUGCUCCCCCUGGAAAUGGCGCUGCUGACGCCGCUGGACGCGCGGCGGCGGAUGUCGGGGGACCUUUGGAGACAUUUGAACGCACGCUCACCUGCGCCGCUUGUGAGGAGCGCGGAUUCCUCGAAGUAGCGCUCGAAAGUCCGAAUAUGAAGUACCAGAAAUACAUCACGGUAAUGCAGAUGGCCAUGGGAGUGACAGCCUCCAACAAAGACUGCCUCCCCACCAAGAGACAGCUGUGGGUAACCCCGUCAGAUGGAGAGACAUCACCCUCUGGUGUCCCAGAGUCUUCAGAUGGGCCUAUAGGUGCUACUGGAGGUGCUGGUGCUCUGGCCAUGGCGGCCACAUCCACUCUCUCCCUGCCCAUGAGCCAGGGGAAACCUUCCUUGCGUCGAAUCAAAGGUCGCAUUCACCGCAGCAAGAGCCUCGAUAGCAUUGAUCUGCUUGACGCCAAUAGUGCAGCAAUGGAGGAAACGGUUAUCUGGGAACAGCACACAGUGACCCUUCACAGGGCUGCUGGAUUUGGGUUUGGUAUUGCCAUCUCAGGUGGGCGAGACAACCCACAUUUUCAAAGUGGGGAGACGUCCAUCGUGAUAUCUGAUGUUUUAAAAGGAGGCCCAGCAGAGGGAUUGCUGCAAGAAAAUGACCGUGUGGUUAUGGUGAAUGCAGUGUCUAUGGACAACGUGGAGCACGCAUAUGCUGUACAACAACUGCGCAAGAGUGGCAAAAAUGCAAAGAUAACUAUUCGGAGGAAAAGGAAAGUACAGAUCCCCGUUUCUCGGCCAGGGGACAGGGAGACCAUGUCAGAGCAUGAGGAAGAGGACAGCGAUGAGGAAGAUGGCUCUGAGCAUCACAGUGGUCGCGCUGGCCAAAGUGCCUAUGCUGGCGCAAGUGGAGGCACGAGCAGUCGUCGACGACACGAUCGUGAGCGUAGCAGCAGUGGAAGACGGGAUCACAGUGCCUCACGGGAAAGGAGCGUUUCACCACGCUCUGAUCGACGUUCACAAGCCUCCUCUGCUCCUAGCAGGCCUUCCAAGGUCACACUCGUCAAGUCGCGGAAAAAUGAAGCAGAAUAUGGACUACGGUUAGCCAGCCAUAUCUUUGUGAAGGAUAUCUCGCCCGAAAGCCUUGCUGCUAGGGAUGGAAACAUUCAGGAGGGAGAUGUUGUUCUGAAGAUCAAUGGCACAGUUACCGAGAACCUAUCAUUGAUAGACGCCAAGAAGCUGAUUGAGCGAUCAAAGGGCAAGCUGAAAAUGGUUGUUCAGAGAGAUGACCGAGCCACUCUCCUGAACAUUCCUGACCUAGACGACAGCAUUCCGUCAGCCAAUAACUCCGAUAGAGAUGACAUUUCAGAAAUACAUUCAUUGACAUCAGACCAUUCCAAUCGCUCCCGUGGCCGGGGACGAUCACCUGACAGGAAUGAGCCAUCGGACCAUCUGCGGCUCUCACCUCGGCAGAUCACCAAUGGCAGCCAUCGAAGUCGAGAUGAGGAGCGAUCUAAACCAGGGGUUAUGUCCACGCCAGUCAAAAGCUCUGAUGAUGGUGUCUUAUCUCAGACGAGUGACCAAAGCAGCUCCAGAGAUGACAAACAGUUACCUCCGCUGCCUGAACCAAAGCCUGUAUAUGCGCAGCCUGGCCAGCCUGAUGUGGAUCUGCCAGUCAGCCCUUCUGAUGCACCUGUGCCCAGCGCCGCUCAUGAUGACGGUAUCCUCAGGCCAAGUAUGAAGUUGGUUAAAUUCAAAAAGGGAGAGAGUGUCGGACUUCGGCUAGCUGGAGGAAACGAUGUUGGAAUUUUUGUAGCGGGAGUUUUGGAGGAAAGUCCUGCAGCCAAGGAGGGACUGGAAGAAGGGGACCAGAUUCUCAGGGUGAACAAUGUGGACUUUGCCAAUAUAAUUAGGGAAGAGGCGGUGCUGUUUCUGCUUGAUCUCCCGAGGGGGGAGGAAGUUACAAUUCUAGCUCAGAAGAAGAAGGAUGUGUAUCGGAGAAUAGUGGAGUCAGACGUGGGCGACUCCUUCUAUAUUCGCACACAUUUUGAAUAUGAAAAAGAGUCACCAUAUGGCUUGAGCUUUAACAAGGGUGAGGUGUUCCGUGUGGUAGACACCCUCUACAAUGGCAAGUUAGGCUCCUGGCUUGCUAUUCGCAUUGGCAAGAACCAUCAGGAGGUGGAGAGGGGCAUCAUACCCAAUAAGAACAGGGCUGAGCAGCUGUCCAGUGUGCAAUAUACCCUGCCCAAAACACCAGGGGGUGAUAGAGCGGAUUUCUGGCGAUUUCGUGGCUUGCGAAGCUCAAAGAGGAAUUUGCGGAAGAGCAGAGAGGACCUGUCAGCACAGCCAGUUCAGACUAAGUUCCCCGCAUAUGAGAGGGUGGUGCUUAGAGAAGCUGGGUUCUUGAGGCCUGUGGUCAUCUUUGGACCGAUAGCAGACGUUGCAAGAGAAAAGCUGGCCAGAGAGGAGCCCGACAUCUUUGAGUUAGCAAAAACACAGCAACAACAAGGAGGAGAAAAAAGUGAACCAAGGGAUGCUGGAACUGACCAGAAAAGCUCUGGAAUCAUUCGCCUGCACACCAUCAAACAGAUUAUUGACCGGGACAAACAUGCAGUGCUGGACAUCACACCAAAUGCAGUGGACCGUUUGAAUUAUGCGCAGUGGUAUCCAAUAGUGGUGUUUCUCAACCCUGACACAAAGCAAGGCGUCAAGAACAUGAGGACCAGACUCUGUCCGGAGUCUAGGAAGAGUGCCAGGAAGCUCUACGAGCGAGCGCUAAAAUUGAGGAAGAACAAUCACCAUCUUUUCACCACAACUAUUAACUUGAACAACAUGAACGAUGGAUGGUUUGGAGCACUCAAAGAAAUAAUCCAACAGCAGCAAAACCAGCUGGUGUGGGUUUCAGAGGGCAAGGCUGACGGAGCAGCAGAGGAUGAUCUGGAUAUCCAUGAUGACCGUCUGUCCUACCUGUCGGCACCAGGCAGUGAGUAUUCCAUGUACAGCACCGACAGCCGCCACACCUCUGACUAUGACGACACGGACACGGAGGGCGGAGCCUACACCGACCAGGAGCUCGACGAAACGCUGAAUGAUGAUGUGGGCCCUCCAACGGGGCCUGCCAUCACCCGCUCAUCUGAGCCUGUCCGGGAAGACCCGCCCGUCAUCCAGGAGCCACCUGGCUACGCUGGUUACCAACACGGGUUGCAGUCUGACCCCCUGAACCGCAUCGACCCAGCUGGUUUCAAGGCCCCGGCGCCGCAGCAGAAAGCUGAAGCCACUGCCAUCCCUAGCAACCCCCAGCUCCCUGAGCCCCUUGCUGAGACAGUGACCCCUGCCGUAAAAACUGUAGGGGGCCCGAGCCCCAGCGAGGCUCCUGGAGCUCACCACAGGCUACCAAGCCCCAACCCACAGGCUGGCUCACUAAAGAGGCCCACGCCUGAGCUAGCCCCUGAGAGUGUCACCUCAGAAACAAGACAGUCUGGACUGGCCGGUUCAGAAUCAAAGAUGUUUCAAAAGGAUCCAUACAGCCCAGACAGCACAGGGAGACCUGGUCCUGGACCGAAACCUGGCAAUUAUCACCCUCAGCAGGGAUAUCAACAGGAUCAGCAGCCAUACAGAGAUUAUGACCACCCUCCUAGUCGGUUUGAUGGUGGUGGCGGUGGUUAUCUAGAACCAAAGUACCGAAACUAUGACUCUCCGCCCUUUGAGAACAGUGUGCCUCACUAUGACCCGCAACAGUGGAACCCCUACGGCCAGACACCCUCUACUGCCAACUCCCAGGGCUACGAUCAACGCCUGCCAUACAGCGAUGGCCUCGACUCUCAGUACACCCCUCCACUCCGCUUCGACGAGCCUCCACCUCAGCAGGGAUUCGAAGGACGGCCUCGCUAUGGGAAACCCACAGUUCCGGGUCCUGCCCGCUACGAUGACCCGCCACCCCUUUCUCCAGACCUGCACUAUAAUCAGGAUUCUCAACUGACUUCACACGCUCCGGCUGCCCGCUCCCCCAGUGGCCAACGGCCUACCUACAACCAGGGACAAACACAGCACGUUAAAGGCUACAAACCCCAACAGUAUGACUCUGCUCCUGUAAACUCUGACACCAGCCUCACAUCCCCCCCAAAAGCAGAGGUCACCACAUUUUCCCCUUUGGCCACUUCAAAGCCUAAUAUUGCUAGAAAGGAGUUACAUGCGGAUGACCCCGCCAUGCAACCACAGUCGGUCCUAACAAGAGUCAAGAUGUUUGAAAACAAACGUUCCGUGUCUGUGGACCGAGCCAGAGAUACAGCGGAUCCAUCUGGGAACAAGUCCGCAGAUUUGCCCUUGAAAGCAGGCGGAAUCAUCCCAAAAGCUAAUUCUUUGAGUAACCUGGACUCAGACAAGAGCUUUAGAGUCCCAGAGCCUCAGAAGCCUCAGUCCAAAGCGGCUGAUGACAUUGUGCGUUCCAACCAUUAUGACCCAGAUGAGGAUGAGGACUACUACAGGAAACAGCUCUCUUACUUUGACAGGCUGCAGACUGGCCCUCCCAAACCCCAAGCUCAAGCACAAACAAUGCACACCUUCUCCAGAACAGAAUCAGUGGAGAAACCAAAUACAGCAGAGAAAAGAUAUGAACCAGUACCCCAGUUGACACCCUCUCUGCCACCAGCCACACUUCCCAAGCCCUCAACUGAAGCCCAGCCUCCUUCCCGAGAGGACACUGUCCACAGCAACUUCCUGCCUCACAAAAGUUUCCCUGAGAAGUCGCCAAUGAAUGGCACGAGUGAAAAGCCUCCGAAAACUGUCACCAGCGGCGGUGCUCCACCAGCAUCUAGCUACAACCGCUAUGUGCCCAAACCCUUCACAACCUCUGCAAGGCCUUUCGAACGCAAGUUUGAGAGUCCUAAAUUCAACCACAACCUUCUGCCCAAUGACAAGCCUGAUAUGGCCACAAAAGAUCAGAGUGCAAGUCCAGUGAAGCCCUCCCAGUCCCAAACCACAGACCAUGACAGUGGCCUAGAUACAUUCACUCGAACAAUGGACCAUCGCUCCAAGUAUCAGCACAAUAAUAUCAAUGCAGUGCCCAAAGCCAUUCCUGUGAGCCCCACUGCCCUGGACAAUGAUGAGGAUGAGGAUGAGGGCCACACAGUGGUCGCCACUGCUCGAGGUGUAUUCAACAGCAAUGGUGGCGUGCUGAGCUCCAUUGAGACGGGUGUCAGCAUUAUCAUCCCUCAGGGCGCCAUUCCUGAAGGCAUAGAGCAGGAGAUCUACUUCAAGGUCUGCCGAGAUAACAGCAUCCUGCCUCCACUUGACAAAGAGAAAGGAGAGACUUUGCUGAGCCCUCUGGUGAUGUGUGGACCUCACGGCCUCAAGUUUUUGAAGCCUGUGGAGCUGCGCUUACCUCACUGUGCGUCAAUGACCCCUGAUGGUUGGUCUUUUGCUCUAAAAUCCUCCGACUCCUCGUCGGGUGACCCCAAAAACUGGCAGAACAAGACUCUCCCUGGAGACCCCAACUACCUGGUGGGAGCCAACUGUGUUUCUGUGCUCAUCGACCACUUUUAAAUGGGGGUAGGCUUGGGGGGCAGGUGUGACGUUACAGAAUAUGCAUCCACAGUGGAUAAAGCAAGACACACCCUCACAAACACACGCUCUCCCACACACACGCGUUGACAGCUGCACUCUCCGACUCCCGAUGGCGGCGUGAAGAAGAUGCAGUCGGCGCUGUUUACGGCCAUGCACUGAAGAUGGAAACUUUUUCCCCUCAAAUAAAGACUCGAUGAAGUGAAACCACUGAUGCAUGCCCCACACCCCUGCUACUAAGGAUUAACGCUCUAUAUCCAAUGAAGUUUCUACAUGAGUAUCCAUGGAUGGAUUCUUUUCCAAAUUGCGCCACCAGCGAACAUAUUUUACAAACCACUGUCGGUGUAUUUAUGCUAUAUAUGCAAACGUAUAUAUAGUAGUCUAGAUAAAACAUAUUUAGUCCUGAAUUCAACCUCCUUUGUUGUUUUUACAGUUCAGGCGACUGAAUAUAAAUAUGUAGCCGCAUUCUUACACUUGGAGCUGAAUCUGAUGAAGGUAUGAGUCUCAGAUGAGACGGUUGAAAGGUCAGCUGGAUCUAAUAGCCAAGCAGCGCACUUGAACCUUUAUUCUUCCUCGGUUACGCCUUUUUUCUCUCUUUCUUUCGGUGAGAUCUUUGUAGCUUGAGUUGUUUGCUCGCUCCUUCCAGCCUGAGGGAGAUCUAUGCAUGUUGUUCUACUCAGGUCCAGUGGCCGCCUCAGUUGCUUCCUCACCUUUCUUUCUCGUCUUCUCUUUUUGCACUCGUGCAUUCAAACACAAUAAGCAGUGAUGCCUUAUCUGCAGAUCAUUCACCUCUUUUCGGGACGAAAAACAAUAAUUUAUGAUGAGUACAUGUUGUUGGGUCUGCCAUUUUUGCUCACCCAGUGUAUAAGCAAUCUUGGGUUCAGCACACAGUAACGGUUGCGAGAGGAUAACAGAUGCCUGUUGGUCUUUUAUCUCCUAUGCAUUACUUCUAAAAACUAAACGGAAGAAUAUGAGGAACAGUGGCUGUAAAUAAUGCGAGCAUAUUGCCUUGGUUCUUUUGUUUGUAAAUGAUUUUUUUUUGUAAGUCUUUCUUUUUGUAUAAAAUGUAGCGAAAACAUGUUUUCAAAAGUGGAAGAGAAACAUGGAAACAUGAUGUAUCUUUGUAUUCUGGAUUAUACCCUCAAGCCUUGAAACGUUGAACCUGACAGUGAUACAUGACACCUUUUCUACCAACAUAUUCAUGUUCAGUUACUGUCAGAAAUUGUCUUUUUAUGGCUACAUAAGGAUCGGGAAAGUGCUUGGGCUGACAAACAUUUUUGUUGUUGUUUUUUUUUUAAGAAAAGUUGCCCUCCCAAAAUGUUCCCUUCACUGAUUUCAAUACUGGAUGCUGUUUGUGUGCCCGUAAAUGUAUUUUUGUACUAAUAGACCAUUAAUGAUGAAUGGCACACCACACCAGUACAAGUUUAUUUUUAGAUUUAACACAGCUUUAAUUGGAUAUUAGCGCUUCACAUGUGGCUGAUUUCUUUAUUUUUGUUUCUUCCUCUGCAACACAAUUUUAAGUAUACCACUGUAUUAAUAAAUAAAAUCAUUUUAAAGUAA